ACAGUGAUAUCGUGCUUCGCUCUCGUCGUGUGAAAGUUAUCGUUCUUUGUUCGAUAAGAACAAGGAAUAGUAACACCCUCAUACGGUGUGGACGGAGUUUGUGUUGCUUGUCGUGCCUUAACUCUGUUUUUCUCGAAGGAAACCAUCUAUGAUACCCUUGAGAAAGGUCGAAAUCGGUCGUGGUAUCUUCUUUUGAAUCUUUCAGAAAUGAAUCUGCCUGAGUAUCUAGUAACUACAAAGCGGUUGUAAAAUUAACUAAAUAUAAUUAUUCAAGUCGAAUUUCACAUUUAUAUAGAUUAAACAACAUUGGGCCGAAUGGUUUAAUAUAAAUAUAUUUUCUAAAAUGAACUGAAAUAGUCCUUCGUCUUUGUUUCUGUGUACACCAACAAAUCCAUUUUCUCCUGUUAAACCACCAUCAUUACCAGUAUCACCGACACCUUCAUCUGUUAUUAGUCUGAUUUCGCCAGCGUCAUCUGCCACAAUAACACUAUUGUAACAGUAUCUAAUACAAGGAAAAUUAUACUUGCAAAAAGAAGUUCAGCAUGGGCAUACUUUCAACAACCUAUCAAUGCUAAUUCAUUUGAUAUUACUUGUAAUCUUUGUAAUAAUAUUAUAAAUCGUACAACAGGAGCUACAACUGCACUGCUUCGUCACCUGAAAUUACACCAUAAUAUUGAAUAUCAUACAGCGAAGGAAUCCAUGGAUACAACGAAGAAGAAUGAUCCGAGCUCUUCUUUAGUCCUUGAUGGUUCUCAAGUUAUGCAAUUAACAUAACUUGCAGUAUGUCUUUUUGUGAAUGAUUUACUACCAUCGUCAAUUAUUGAAAGUCCACGUUUACAAGCUAUUUAUCAGCAUUUUUUAGACUCACUUUAAUUUUUGUGUCAAUAUUUAGUGCAUUGUGCUCAAUCUUGUUCUUCUUUUAUUUUUAACAUACAUUUAAACUGAUUCGUGUACAGGUGUUUUUAAAAUUUUUCUUGUGUAAUCUAAUAAAUGUAUAGAAGAAAACAGUUAAAAUCUGACGCAUGACUUAGUUUCCACAUUGUACUGAGCCGAAAGUGAUUCGGUUCUUAACGAUCAUACGUGUGCAUGCUUAUGCAAACGAAGGGAAGCAUCUUGAAGUAUUAUGCACUGAUUAGUUAGUUUUAGAAAAUUGUUUGCUUAGUAUCAGAUAAUGCAGCAGAUAUGGUUAAAGUUGUCACAGAUUUUGGAAAAGGUCAGUAUAUGCGUCAAAAGAGUUUCAAAUUACAUGGUAAUUCGACUAUUCAAGAGAUUGGAAAUCCUAAUAAUGUUAAACGGUUAUGUGGAUAUAAUCAAACACAUUUGAAAACUGCUCAUUGUGGUAUUGAAAUGCUUCAGAAUCGUGGUUUUGUUACAAAAGCUGUUUCAGCCAUUGAAUCAAAUAUAAACAGUGGUGCAAUUUAG